AUGUUCUUCGCCGGCAAGGCGCUAGUCCAGCGCGCGGCGAUCGUAACGAUUCAAUCCAUCAUCCGCGGGUUUCUCGCGCGAAGGAGGUAUACGAGCCUGCGGGUGAAGUGUGAUGGCGAAUUUCGCAAAGAGUACGUCCUUGAGCGACUAGCACGGCUGUCAAGGGCAUGGGAGCGAACUGUAGAUCAGCAAGAGCGUCUUCGUAAAAGCUUUUUAGCGUGUUUAGAUGUCCAGAAGCAGGCAAUUGCAGGGGCAUAUUUGACGGAAUCGGAUUGGCGAGCCCUUAUCCAACGCCACCUCCUCAACCCAGAUCCCGCCUCGCUUGUUGAUCAUCCAACCAUAAGCAACUCAGGUAAUCAAAAAGAGAAGAUGACGGGUAGGUCUGCCCUGACGCAAUGCCCUAUUUGUUUGGAGCAUAUUAAAAUGAGUUCUACCGUUUUGGAUGGUAGAGUUUUCGCCAAGGGCCCAACUGCGGCCUCGGAGGGUGAUUUUGAGGUAGAGGGAUCGUUUUGCUUCCAGUCUUUAACGCGUCCUACCGUUGUUACUACCACUUCUGAAAGUAAGAGUCUAAAAAAGGGUGAGAAAGUGGUCCUAGACCACGAGCUUCAUUCCUCCUGUGAUAUUGGAAAAGACGACAAUUUGCUGAUUGAUUCCGCAGAAAGUGAGGGAGAGCGUUAUGUGCGGGAGCUAAGGCGUGCCUAUGAACAAAAGCGCGAUGCCGCACAACGGCAGCAAGGAACUACGCUUAAUAAAAAUAUUGUUUAUAAGAACCCAUCGGCCAAGGUAGGAAAGGAGAAGAAGAGUCGUCGCCUUCCUGGUACGCGAAAAAAUGGAGAGAAGGAAAAAAUGCGUCAGAUUUCAAAAAAAGGCAACACGGUGGGCGUGGAAGCUUCACCAAACGAUCCGUCUUCUACAUCGCUUCCUUCUUAUGGCAGCUCGACGGUUAUUUUGAGCUGCAGCCACAUCUUUCACCAUGCCUGUCUGACGGCAUUUGAGCAGUAUCAACGGUGGUAUGCGACGAACGAAAUUAGAAGCGAAAAUACUAGUGGCAAUGUUGCGGAUGUCAAGGUGGUGAUGCCGCCUAGAUGCCCGCUCUGCCGCGCUGGCUACGCAAAGUGUCAUUUCUAG